AACAACACAUAGGAGUACAUUAUACUCUUAAUACUUUUUUAUUAAAUUCUCUUUUAACCAACCACCCAUUAAGAUUGCAGGCCUCCACACUCACUCCUCAAUUAUAAAACCCUACCACAUUAUUUCCAAAUUCAUCACUUACCUCCAAUUCCCUUCCUUUCACAUUUUUCUAGCAAAUACUUCUAAGUAGAAAAUAUGGCUUUGGGAAGAGGCAGUGCAUUGGUUCUACUAGUCUGUUUUUUUGUGCUUCACUCUGAGUUGGCUCAUGCUGCCACCUACACUGUUGGAGGUGCUGGUGGUUGGACCUUUAACACUGUUGGGUGGCCUCAAGGAAAACGCUUUAGGGCUGGUGACACACUUGUGUUCAAGUAUAGCCCAAGGGUGCACAAUCUUGUGGCAGUGAACAAAGCAGGGUAUGAUAAGUGCAUUACUCCAAGAGGAUCAAAGGUGUAUCGGUCAGGAAAGGAUCAGAUCAAGCUUGUUAGGGGACAAAACUAUUUCAUAUGCAAUUUUGCGGGUCAUUGCCAGUCUGGAAUGAAAAUAGCCAUCAAUGCUGCUUGAUUUUUAUAUUAUAUAGUGAAAUGAUAACGAGUAUUUUCAGAACACUCUUUAAAAUAGAAUGUUUAAAAAGUAUUUCAUGAACACUCGGUAGCAAGACCCUAUAUAAUUUAAUAUAUACACUAAUGAUCAUGUAGUGUUCAUCUUUUAUGAGUGCUUUGAAAAUUUUCAUACCUUUUGUUGUACCUGUUCUUUUUAUACUUCUUGAAUCAUGUAGAAGUUGUCUCCUUAAAUUAAAUAAGUGGAUAGGUGGGUGGGUGUGAACUUUUUUUUAGCUAAACUACAUUUGUUAGCCUUUGCUUAUGUUGUAAUGUUCAAUCCUUACAUUUGUGUGUGUGGAUAUUUUAAUAUAAGUAUAUUUGGUCUUUGGCAAAAAAUAAUAUGCAACAAUUCAAUUUUUAAA